UGGCAAGCGUCAAACAUUGAUCAGUUAUUCAUUUUACUUCUCAGUGAUAGGUCCUUGUUGCAAGUGAUAGAUUAAGGGUGUAGAUAUGGUUCUUAACGCGAAAAAACCGGUGCAAAUCAAAAUCGACUAUCGGAAAAGAGCCUUGGAAAAAUACCAAAACCUUUCCAAAUUUGCCACUGAUUUAGAACACUUCCUGGAGCAAUACCAUCAAAUUGUUGGAAACAGUCCGGUUCCUCCACAGCGCUAUCAUCGUCUGCUGAAUGAAAUCGAAAAUGUUCUAAUUCAGUUGAUUUCCAAAUACGAACGAAUGGGCCAGGAAACCUGUUGGAACCAGAAAUACGCCGAGUUAUUUUGCUGUGCGGAACUGUUCAAGGACUUUGACGAGUUUAACGCACACUUUCUAAAGUGCCACUACACUCCACGUGUUGUCGAUCCAAAGAUUGUUGAGUAUGAAACCGGACGAACUAAGCUCGAAAACAUGCGGAUAUUGUUACAAGAAUAUUUGAACAACAGUUCAGAGUACUCAGCUGUCAUCGUGGACAACCUGAGAAAACUACUCGGAAAACUAAUGGUUCGGAGCCCACUAUCAUAUCAGCCGAAUUGAUUAUGUACUUAAGAGUUACCGAAUUUGAAAUUGUAUCUUUAAGAUUUAGAAAUAAAAUUAUAAAUAAGAAAUAAAAACCA